AGAGAGAGAGAGAAAAAAAAAAGGAGAAAAACCUCGCUUACCCCUAUAAAUUGCUCCUUCGGCCUCAGUCGCCCGCCCGAGCACUCUCGUUCCUUUUUCUUCACACAGAGAGGAAGAGAGGGGGAGUGAGAGAGGGUGACAGAGAGAGAAUGUGGGUUUAAUAGAAGUGAGAGAGAGCGGAAAGAGUCCUCUUGUGCUUCUGCGAAGGCGAGAGAGAACUGCGUGCGUGUUUUUGUUUGCGAGGAUAUUCGGUCUGUGCGAUUUUUGCAAUGGAGAAGCUUCCAGAAUCGAGGUUUGUAGACGCUUCUCGGUCUGCGGUUCCGAGCACUUCGGGGGCGAUUCCUCCGGGUGGCAACCCUGGCGAGGCCACUGCGCAGCAGCUGAUCGCGGCGCUUCAGGAGGACCAGUACCGAGAACAUGCUCUCCAUCUUCUGUCAAAGAAUAGAGGAAUAUGUGCAAAUUUGGCUCUCCUACUGUGGAAUUCCUUUGGUACAAUAUUUAUACUGUUACAGGAAGUAAUGGCUACAUACCGCAUUCUAUCAAACCCUGAUCUUAUUGCAAGAGUGUCAAAUCGUGUAUGCAAUGCUCUUGUUCUGCUUCAGUGCAUUGCUUCCCACCCAGAGACAAGAAAACAGUUCAUUAAAGCUAACAUUCCACUUUAUCUGUACCCAUUUCUUGGCACCAUGACCAACCAAAAGCAUAUUGAAUAUUUGAGGCUUACUAGCUUGGGUGUUGUUGGUGCUCUAGUGAAGGUUGAUGAUGCUGAGGUUAUUCAUUUCCUUCUCAAAUCCGAAAUAUUCCCUUAUUGCUUACGCUGCAUGGAAGUGGGCAAAGAAUUGUCAAAAACAGUAGCCACAUUUAUAGUUCAGAGAAUUCUGAUGCAUGAGGAGGGGCUGAAGUACUGCUGUUCUUCAGCGGAACGGUUUUUUGCAGUGAGCCAUGUAUUGAGAAGCAUGGUUGAAAACCCUGCAGAAGAACCAUCACCACGGCUUCUAAAACAUAUUAUUCGUUGUUAUCUUAUAAUGUCGGAAAGUCCAAGGGCAUGUGAUGGAUUAAGAGGUCGCCUUCCUCCGCGAUUAAAAGAUAAUGCCGUCAUUAGCAUGCUUCAUGGUUGCGCGGCCCGUAAGCGGGAUCUACCCUAGCUGGCCGACUAGGGUAAACCACUAUACUCCUUCGGUUUGAUCUGCCCUCCUCAAGCCUGUCCAUGUCAGGGCACUAUACGAUCGACCUACUACCACGUAUUGUCUGAAUAGGUGGUUGCACUCUUUAAACUGUAUGUAAUUACGGUACCGUGCUCUACUGUAUGGUCCAACAGGGUCUGAUACUUUAUAAUAUAUUUCUAUAUACAACUAACUGUUUUACCAUGAUUCUGUAAUAACUGUAUUAACCAUGACACUGUAAUAAACUAUAACUGUAUCAUCUGUAUUUCUAAACUGAACUGUAAUAUGUAAGUCAUGGUACUGAAAACUGUAUAAUCAUGGCACUGUAAACUAUAUAAUCAUGGUACUAAAAACU